GCGACUACACCCCGGAGGACACCGCGUCGUCACAGCACUGUCAGAUUCACAAGGGACUUCAUAACCGGCUGGUCCUUCGCAGUCGAACCGUUUUUACAAAGUCACACAGGAGACCUGAAACAUGUUUCUCAGUUAUCUGCCUGUCGUGUUUCUCCUGAUCAGAGGAAUGACAAUGGAUCUCAGCACUGAUGCGACAUCCACUACUCCAGCAACUUCAACCGGAAGUUUUACUAGUAACAACACAACUACGAUCACAAGCAACAACACAACUACAAGUACAACGAUCACAAACACUAGCAGCGACACAACUACUACCACGGCGAUAAUAAGCAAUGGCACGACUACAAAUACAGUGAUCCCACUCGCUAGCAACGGCACAACUACUAUUGCGCCGAUCACACACACUAGCAAUGACACAACUACUACCGCACUAAUCACAAGUAACGUCACAACUACAAGUACACCCAUCACAUACACUAGCAACAACACAAGUACUUUCUCGCCGAUCACAUACACUAGCAACGACACAACUACAAGUACACCCAUCACACACACAAGCAACGACACAACUACAAGUACGCCCAUCACACACACUAGCAACAACACAAGUACUUUCUCGCCGAUCACAUACACUAGCAACGACACAACUACAAGUACACCCAUCACACACACCAGCAACAACACAAGUACUUUCUCGCCAAUCACAUACACUAGCAACGAGACAACUACAAGUACACCCAUCACACACACUAGCAACGACACAACUACAAGUACACCCAUCACACACACCAGCAACAACACAAGUACUUUCUCGCCAAUCACACACACUAGCAACGAGACAACUACAAGUACACCCAUCACACACACUAGCAACGACACAACUACAAGUACACCCAUCACACACACCAGCAACGACACAACUACAAGUACACCCAUCACACACACUAGCAACGACACAACUACAAGUACACCCAUCACACACACUAGCAACGACACAACUACAAGUACACCCGUCACACACACUAGCAACGACACAACUACAACCAGGCAACUUCACAACAACUCCAACUCCAGCGACCACACAAACCAGCCACGGCACAGCAAAUACAACUCUAUCCCUGAAAACACCUCCCCAGGCAGUAGCCCCGCACCCCACACUGGAAAUACCACCACCCUUAGUCCCUCAACAACAACAUCAGGAGAAACCACAAAUUUUACUUCUUCAACUGAACCAGCUAGUGUCAGUACACAAGCCUCAACGACCAUUAGUGCUGGCACCACCAGCACUGUCACCACCCUGCGACCAACAGACAUCACCACCAACACCACCACAGCAGCCCCGCCCAUCCCUACCCAGAGUCCAGUCAUAGUGUGUCCGGCUGUCCCGUGCCCACCUGAAAGCGUCUGUCUUAAUGGCACCUGCCAGUGUAUAUCUGGCAGCUUCCUGCUAAAUGGCCGCUGUACACGUGCCCAAGUGUUCCCAGGCCAACUUCAUCUCACCUCCUUGACAUUUGUAAAUGAAAUGAGCAACAGGUCCUCCAAAAUAUUCCAGGAAACGGCGGCUAAUAUCUCAGCAUUGCUCAGACUUGCCCUUGAAAAUCUGCCAGGGUAUAAACAAUCUGAUGUUGUGCAACUUGAGCCAGGAAGUGUGCAAGCAACUGUAAAUAACAUCUUUCAAAACACCAACACCACUAAAGAGUCUAUUGAUCAGUCCAUUCAAAACGCUACAGCAAGUGGAUUGUUGGUUAAUGCCACAUUUACAAGUACAAACCUGUGUGAACAGAACCCUCCACCUUGUGAGGGCUCCACUACAACGUGCGUUAGUAUAAAAGGCCUGGCUACUUGUUCCUGUAAAGAGGGCUACUACUCCAACAUUUACUCAAACACUAGCUGCAAAGCGUGUCCAAGUGGGCAGAGGGCAGUAGAAAACUCUACUCCCCCGUGUCAACCAUGUGCAUUCGGAUAUGGUGGCUUCAACUGCAAUGAUUCAUCUCUGCUGGCAGUGGUGGUCAUCUCCUGUGUACUGGGAGGUGUCCUUCUCAUCCUUGUCCUGGCUUUGCUUAUAUACUGCUGCUGGAGGGGAUGCCCAAAGAGCAACCCAGACUACAGCAGCAGUCCGUACUCAUCAGGUGAAAUAAACCAGCCCUGGCCCACUGGCAUCACCCCCAUCCCCCGUGCAACCUCCAACUGGGAUGCAGCUCCUUCCAUAGAGAUGACAGAAGGGGGCAACACUUAUGGCUUGGUGGACAAAAAGCAUCAAACCAACGGACUGUCGGGAUCAUAUGAUCUGAACCCAGAGGGAAUGAAAACCUUCAAAGGUAAAAACCCGUCCCGGUACUCCUAUUUGGUUCAAGGCCAUGAGAACCCCUACUUUUUACCAGGUGAUGGGAAGACUGAAUGAAAAACAUCACGGCCAGCGGGGGAAGAAGUCCGUGUAGAAGUGGGAUCAAAAAAAAGUCAUUGAUUUGAAAUUCUAUGUGUACAGGCACAUUUCCUGAGCAGGACCAGGUCGGUUUUUGUGCACACGUAAACUUUGUACACUAUGUACACUUUUAGUAAGGAUCCUACGCACUGUUUUAUAAAUGAGGCCCCAGGUUAUACUUUUUUUUUAACAUGCUUGGAUUAAUGACAAAUCACAAAGGACAUUUCUUAACUGGGAAACAGCCACCAAAGAGAUUAAAUCAUAUGAGCAAGAUCAUUUUAACAAUUUCUUAAAAGUGAGGUUGUAUGCAUCAUUUCUUUUUUUUGGAAAAGGUAAAUGGUGCUGAAUAUAACCAGUAGGUGUUGCUGUUGCUCAAUCUAAAUCUCCUGCUGUUUUUUAAAGGUACAUUUGUCUUUUUUAUGUUUUAAAUAAUUCUGUAGUCUUUUAAAAUUUAGCUUCUUACAUGCUAAUUGCACUGAAGUGUGUUUACCACCUGUUUUCCUCUGAAAUCAAAGGUAAAUUGAAUGUGGGUGUUCAGGGGCUGCUAGAUAUUUUUGUUAUGGGUAUGAUUAUUCUUUAGAAAAACAAAUCUUGUAUGAUUAAAGGGGCUGGAUCCCUAGUUCGGGGUAUUUUUUUAGGGCUUUAUAUUGAAGCUGUUUAAAGCUGAGUACUCUAUUUGCUGAAGCUGCACUCGCAAAAUGUGCCUGUUUUAAAGGUCUGUUUGACAAAUAGGAAACAUGCAAAGCUGAUGAUAAAGCCUGUCUCCUGGAUGUGCCAAUUAUCACAUUUCUUUUGAAAACUCUUAGAUAUAUUUAUCCUUGUGUGUCUGAGGCACUGAACUAUUUUGUUUGUGUAAAGGUUUUGUAAAUAGCUGAAGAUCUUUUGGCAGAGAAUGUGUGUAUGUGCGAUGGAAAUAAAUUAAUUUAAACACAA